AUGGUUCCUGCGAUUCGGAGGCCGCCGACGGCGACGGGUUCCACCAUCAAUCCCUCUGGACGGCCGCCGUCUGCCCCUGCUAGCCUUCCUCUUCUUCAUCGUCGUCGUCAUGGUGAUCACGUCCGGGAGCUGUGUAGGGACGAUAAGUUUAGUCCCGAAGAUGCAUGCAAGCUGUUCGAUAAAUUGCUUGACCCGCGGCGGCUGCUGCCACCGCCUAUCUCCGCGAUCAACACCGUCUUCUCUGCUCUGGCGAGGAGGAAACAGUACGCCAGUGCGCUCUCUCUGUACAGGAGAUUCCUCCAGGUUGGCCGCGUGGGCGUCUCCGCUGAUGCGAGAACGCUCAGCCUCAUCGUCAACUGCUGCACACAGUCCGGCUCCGUGGGCGCCGGCUUUGGGGUCUUCGGUGCCAUGCUUAAGCUUGGUCUCCAACCAAGUACGCGGACAUUGAACUGUCUCACCCAUGGCCUGUGCGCAGAGGGUAGGCUGGCGGAGGCGACAAUGCUCUCAGAGAGGAUGGCUGAGAUGGGCUGCACUGCGGACGUCAUAACCUAUUGUAUACUGAUCAAGGGGCUCUGCACAACAGGGAACGGCGGCAUGGCUCUCGAGCUCCUCAAGUCCAUGAGGGCGGAGGAUAGUUUUUCAAAACCUGAUAUCGUCGCCUACAGCACGGUCAUCAACUACUUGUGCAGAGAGGGAGAUGUUGACAAGGCUGUGGAGCUACUCGAGGAGAUGGCUGCGAGGGGGGCCUCCCCUAGUUUGAUCACAUACAACUUCAUCAUCCAUUCAUUCUCCAUUUCCAACCGUUGGGAAGACGCCAUGAAGAUCUUCACGGGGAUGGUUGGCCGGGGGAUUUCCCCGAACAUUGUGACAUUCAACACACUGCUGAAUUCUCUGUGCAAACACGGCAGAGUCCGAGAAGCCCAGAAGCUGUUCGAUCUAAUGGGUAUGAGAGGGGAACGGCCCGACGCCUUUUCCUACAACAUACUGAUGAGUGGCUACUGUCUGAUGGGACUCGUCGAGGUCGCGGGGAAAAUCCUCGAGGCCAUGAGGAGCGCUGGCGUCCAACCGACCACUCACAGUUUUUCUAUACUAGUCGAUGGGUACUGCAAGAAUGGGAGACUUGAUGAGGCUACAGAGAUAUUCAGGGAGAUGAAGCGUGAAGGAUUGAAGCCUGAUAUAUUCAACUACAGCUGCAUGCUGGAUGGGCUCUGCAAGGGUGGCAGAUUCAGGGACGUCGAGGCUCUCUUAGAAGAGAUGGACAAGGUCGGUGUACCCCAUAAUAUCACCAGUUAUAAUUGUUUGAUCAACGGCUUCUGCUCUUCGGGAAAAUGGGAAAGAGCUAUCCAGGUUUUGAAUGAAAUGGUUGCCAAGGGGAUCUCCCCCAAUGUUCUCCUAUGGAACAUACUGAUCGAUGCCCUCUGCAAGGAAGGGGAUGUCAGGAGAGCCCAUGAGCUCUUUGACCUGAUUAUCGAAAGAGGAGAGAAGCCUGAUACCGUGUCAUAUGGCUCACUAAUCAACGGGUACUGUUUACUGGGUCAGAUGGAGGACGCUUGCAGGCUCCUUGAUUGCAUGAUUCGCAACGGCCCCGAGCCUAAUGUCGUCGUCUAUUCCAUACUGAUCAAUGGGUACUGUAGAAAUGGACAGAUCAACAAGGCGAUGGUUCUUCUGAAGGAAAUGAGGAGCAAAGGCUUACAGCCCAACUGCGCCGCAUACAAUUCCUUGAUAAAGGGGCUAUUCAGGGUUGGAAGAGUUGCUGCCGCCAAGGAAAUGUAUGAUGAGAUGCAGGCUCAUGGUCUGGCCCCAAAUUUCUGCACUUAUGUUGUUAUGUUGGACGGGCUCUGCACAAACCAUCGCCUUGCCGACGCCAUGAAGUUGUAUGAAACCGUGGAUGUCGGCAGAUUCAGACAGGGGGUUACCAUUGUGAAUGUAUUGCUGAAGGGCAUGUUCACUACUGGGGAUUCCAAUGGCGCCAUGAAACUCUUUCAUUUAAUGGCUGCCAAAGGCAUGACGCCCGAUGCAGCCUGCUACACGACAGUUAUUAAAGGGCUGAUGGGGAAGGGUCUGGAGGAUGGCGCUGAUGAGUUUUUCUCACGGAUGGAAGAGAGUGGUUGUAGCCCAGAUGCAUUUACUUACAACGCCAUCAUCCAAGGUUUUCUCAGGAACAAGGAGAUUAUUAGGGCACUGGAGUACAUCCGCCGAAUGGAAGCGAAGGGGUUCUUAAUGCUUCAGUCCACUCUCUCUGUCCUGGUUAAUUCCCUGCGUGAAGACGAGCAUGGCCAACAGUACAUCAAGAUGCUCCCUAAAUUUUCUCCUUCUAAUGCGGGAAAAGAUAUGAGCCUGGAGACGUUGAAGGCCGUCUUGAAGAGCACCCACUGA